AGUUUCUUUUGAUGGAAAUUUCGAGAAACUAAUAUAAAGCAAUACUGAUGACAUACCAUUCUUAUUUUGUCGGUUUAUUACAUAAGGUGAUUUAAGAAUCGCAUGCGAUCGCGCAAUAUCUCGUUUAGUUGAUUGAACAUUGUCGAGCAUACAAGUUCACGUUAACGCACUGUGAAAAACGUACUAUUUUUUUACGCAAAUCAAGCGUGCUUUGAGGAAAAAAUGCCGCGACGUGGACGUGCCGCCGCACCUCCUCCAAGAACUGUCAGGCCCACUGCAGCUGCACCAGCCAGGCCUGUAUCAGCUCCAGCCCAAGUGCCAGCCCAUGCACCACCGGCAUCACCAAUGGUGGCCCAGCCGCAGCAACCGUCCCUCAUGGGUCAAAUGGCGGCCACUGCUGGUGGUGUAGCCAUCGGAUCUGCUGUAGGACACACUAUUGGUCAUGCAAUGACAGGACUCUUUAGCGGAGGAUCCAGUGAAGCGGCUGCUCCUGUUCCUGCUGCAGGAGUUGCACAGCAGAAUGCUCCAGUUUCAGCUCCGGCUGCUGGAACUUGCUCAUGGGAGGUUAAGCAGUUCCUAGAGUGCGCCCAGAAUCAAUCUGAUUUGUCUCUCUGCGAGGGAUUUAAUGAGGCGCUUCGUCAAUGCAAAGUAGCCAAUAAUCUGGUCUAAGUGACAAUAUGAGAAUUUAGAAACCUCUAGACGAAAUUGAAGUAUGUGCUGUAUGAUCCUAUAGAUUAUUUGAUCAUUGGAUGAAAUGUUUGUUUAUUUUUAUUGUUAUAUACAUCAAUAUUGUUAAAAUGUAAAAUAAAAUAGCUUUAAAUUAAUCUAUAUAUUUCAGAAUAUAAUUUUGGGACAG